AUGGCGCCUAACCCCUCGGCUCCUGUCUCACCCUCGCCUUCGGACCCCCCUUCGGCUCCCGCCUCGGCUCCAGCUUCAGAUAAACAACCAGAGGACAGCACUGAAUUGCCUGCGCCUUUAUCGUUCAACACCGCUGAAGUGCAGGAACUCAAGGUCGUUGAAGCCCCUCCACCGUAUCCACGACAACCGCUGUAUCCUUCUGUGUGUAAUCUAACAUCACCUGCGGGGGCAGAGAACAGUACGCCUGUCUCCCAUCCGAAGGAGAUGGAACGCAAACCCCAGGGGGGCGGGAGCUACGGGAAAGGUCUGGGUACAGAUUGGUCAAAAGUUAGAGAGGAGAUGGAAGACAGAGGCUUAGACAUAUCUGCAUUUGCAGUAGUAGCUGGGGAAGAGGGACCCACAUGGAUUCCCCUCGACCCAAAAGGAGUGGCCCGGCUAGUGGAGGCUGUUGAGAAAAAAGGUUUGAGGUCACCAUUAACACUGAAUACAUUAGAAGCCCUUACAGCCCCAGGGCCUUUGCUACCCUAUGAUAUAGAGAGCCUUAUGCGCAUUGUGCUUAAGCCAGUGCAAUUUAAAGUUUGGAAGGAGGAAUGGACUAAACAACUGAAAACAAUAGUAGCAGCAGCCGAGAACGACCCUAGACAUCCCGUUCACGUUCACGGCACGAAUUCGCAAAGACUGACAGGUACGGCUGCUGGAAUGCUUACCCCCCACGGUCAAGUUGCGCACUUACUCCCAGGGGAGUUGAUUGCUUGUCAUGACUCAGCACUCACUGCAUUUAGGAUAUUUGCCUGAAGUGCUGAACCCCCCACCCCCUGGACAGACAUUGUCCAAGGGUCGACGGAAUCCUUCCAGGAUUUCGCAGAUAGAUUAAUAAAGGCAGUAGAGGCAUCAGACCUGCCGAGAGCAGUCCACACUCCAGUGAUCUUAGAUUGUUUACAACAAAGAUGCCUCAGUGACAUAAGGACACUGCUGCGCGCUGCCCCUGAAAAGUUUCAAACCCCAGGGGAAGCUAUUAAAUAUGUUAUGGACAAACAACGGACUACCCCAGUAACUAACGAGGGGUUAGCCUCGGUUGUUGUUAAUGCAAUGACAGCAAUGGAUCAGCGUCGAUCUGCUGGCCCUUGCUAUCGGUGCAGGCAAUAUGGCCAUAUAAGAGCUCAGUGCAGAAAUUCAGAUGAAGAUGAUCUAAACGAAAGAGAGGUUGUGUGUCAAUUAUGCGAUAGAAGAGGACACACUGCUCGGCAGUGUAGGAACCGUAGGGUACAGCCACAGGGAAAUGAUUUGGGGAGGCCCAUCAGUUGGGCAGACUCCACCCUGACUGCCCAACCCUCCGGUCCUGCCAGCGCCGCCUCUCAAAUUUCUCACCCGCCCAUCGUGGGAUUGACACUGGAUUGUCAAGACCGCCCUCUCAUUAGGGCUUUACUCUCCUAUGCUGGAAACCUUGCACCUGAUUUUGCAGGCCCAAGGUCUAUUCAAAUUACAGCCCUAGUCGACUCAGGAGCUGAUGUUACUAUAAUAUCAAAUAAAGAUUGGACCAUUAGCUGGCCGUUAGGAUCGACCCAAGUGAUUAAAGGAAUAGGGGUACAAGGGGGAGCCAUACCAACAGGAAAGUCAGGAGGAGAAAUAGAGGUCAUAGCAGCCAAUCAGGAUGGUUCAUUAGAAAAACCUGUCUUGCUCAUCCCGCUUAUAGCUGAUGUCCCGGGAACACUCUUGGCAAAGACUUCUUGA